AUGUCGACCUCCCACUUUUACGAUGGUGCGCUCGCGACUGGAGCAGCACAGGUUGCUUUCUUGGCGGCUUUCAUAUCCAUCAUCAUCUUGAUACCUGCACAAAAAGACACGGCGCGCUUGAUGGGUGUGCUCAUUCUCGCUCUCUUGACCUUCGGUCUUCAAACCGGAGUCUGCGGGUGGUGCGCGAAUCCCCACUGGCGCUCGGCGGCUGUGCCUCUCUUCUGGAUCCAGUUCAUGAGUGCCUCAGAGCUGAUCCUGGUCAGAAAACGGGGCGGCACGGAGCGUUCUGAUGCUACGGAUACAACGAAAGAAAUGGCCGAGCCCGCCCCGUCUCUCGCUGUCCAGGUCCGCAGAUCCCUGUCUCUGCUCUGGAGCCUGAGACGAAUCGGCACCGAGUGGCAGGUUAAAGGUGCUUCUGGGACCGGGGCUUUGCAGUCUGGGGGGACCCAUGGCCGGCUUUCUUUCAUCUCAAAGCGGUUGAUUACGACGUCGGCAGCCUACCUAGUCCUGAGCACCAUGUCGCAGGCCCCAUCUCCGGACCCGAGUCUCAUCAGCUCUCGAAAACAAGCGCUUCUGCAGGGUCUUGUGGACCUAUCACUGGACGACGUGGCAUUCCGCAUAAUCGGGACGAUAUCGUUUUGGAUAUGCACCGCCCUCAUUAAUCUGAUCAUGUACAACAGCACCUGUCUCGCCUCCGUUUUCCUCGGACUGAGCGGCCCGGACGAGUGCCCUCCACUUUACGGGUCAUUGACCUCGUCAUACAGUAUUCGGCGGUUUUGGGGAGUCACAUGGCAUCAAUGUCUUCGCAGUGGACUCACUGGACACGCUGACAUCAUUGUGAAUUUUGCCUUUCCAUUCCGGCAACGAAUGGUCUCCCGAUACCUGCGUCUGUUCAUCGCCUUCUUCAUCUCUGGUAUGAUACACCACAGUUCCGACAUUGCGAUGGGCAUCGCACCGCAAGAAGCCGGCUCGUUACGCUUUUUCCUGCUCCAGCCCAUUGGCAUCGUUUUGGAAGAUUCGAUCCAAGGUAUUGCCUGUCGAUGGCCGGCCCUGCAACUGCCGCACAUCUUCAAGCCGCACCUGGUCUUGGUUUUGUUUAGUCGGUCAAUUGCCAUUCUUUUCACUUCACCAAUCACUACCCUCAUCGCCAGUAGCAGCUUCAAUCACAUCCACAGGCUUAACAUGGCUGAGAAAGUCGGUUUCGAGAUAAGCAAGCCGGUAGCUGUACUUCUGUCGCCAGCGUUCAUCGCCGUGCUUGUUACUUGCGCAUUUCUAUAUUACAUAUACCUGAAGGGGUUUCCCAAGCCUCUUGCAGGCAUUCCUUACAACGAAAGUGCUGUAGGCAAGUUCAUGGGUGAUCUCUCUGAAUUCCAACAUGCUAGGACACACGGGGAGGGUUUUACGGUAUGGAUGCGUGAUCUAGCCUCACGGCACAACUCCCCACUGGUUCAAGUGUUUUUGGGUCCCUUUUCAGCACCGGCUCUCGUGUUGUUUGACUAUCGCGAGAGCUACGACAUCGUCGCUCGACGAACCAAGGAGUUUGACCGUUGUCAGAGGGACGCGGAAACAAUGGCAACCAUUCUGCCUGAGCAUCAUCUCUCGAUGAUGUCGGCUGAUCCGAGAUUUAAAGGAAACAAAGAGCUGGUCAAAGACUUGAUGACACCAUGGUUUCUGAACGAGAUUUCUGCGCCGGAAAUUCACAAGAACGCCAUCUCUCUUGUUGAGUUGUGGAGCCUCAAGGCCAAGUGGGCACUCGACCAUCCAUUCGAUGCCCACCGCGACCUGCAGAAUUCGGCUUUGGACAUCAUUAUGGCGGCUGCCUUUGGGCAGGCUGAUGGUAGCAGCGUCCUAUGGCAGCAUAUCAUCCAGGAAGCGGGCCACCGACCUGUGACUGUGCCAUCAAACCCAGUAGAGCCAGUGAUUUUUCGAAAUCUCGAACUGCCAGCGGAGUAUCAAGCAACGGUUGACAUUACCCACUUCAUGGGGCGAGUUGUCACUUCGCCUUUCCCAACUCAACAAGCCUGGUUGCUGAAGAAGUUUACCAAAGUGGGAGACGUCUUUAUGGCAAAGGAUCAGUUCAUCAAGAGUCGAAUUCAGAAGGCAGUCUCUAGAUUGGACGGCAAUGGGUCUGCAAAGGACAAGGUUGCAAAGUCCGCCUUGGAUUACAUUGUUCUGCGGGAGGUUGCUGCCGCCAAGAAAGCCGGCUGCAAGCCAAUGCUUGAUUCCAAAAGAAUUGAGGAUGAGCUACUUGGUUACCUUGUUGCAGGGCAUGAAACGUCUGCUUCUAUCCUGUCGUGGACAGUCAAGUUUCUAGCCGACAACCGAAAGCACCAAGAUACCCUGCGGAAACAUAUCCAAGCAGUGUAUGCCAACGCUAUGCUUGAGAAGAGACCUCCAAAUGAGGCAGAGCUCACAAAAGUGCCUGCUCCCUACCUAGACGCUUUCCUCGAAGAGGUCCUGCGGCUUGCACGUACGGCUUCUAUCUUGACCCGCCAGGCCAUAGCUGACACGACGAUUCUGGGACAUUUCGUGCCGAAGGGCACCAACCUCUUCCUCUUCACACAAGGAGCAAGCUAUGUCAAGCCCGCGCUAGACGUAGAUGAGAACAGACGGAACAAAACGUCACAGGGAGCUAAAAUGGUGCGAGAAUGGCCUGUAAAUGACGUGGGCGAGUUCAGACCGGAACGCUGGCUAGUGUGUAGAUCAGGCAAGGAGUUUUUGGAUGAAGAACCGCUACAUUCGACCCAGGACUGGACGCUUUCUGGCUUCGAAUUCAAUCCACAAGCUGGGCCAAUGCUGACUUUCGGCGGUGGACCGAGAGGCUGCUUUGGAAAACGUCUCGCUUACAUGGAGUUAAGAAUGGUUCUUGCGCUGCUUGUAUGGAACUUCCAAUUCAAGCCAUGCGCUGACGAGCUUAGCACCUAUGACUUGCGGGAAACCAUCACAGUUGAGCCAAGAUCAUGUUUUGUCAGGCUUCAAAAGCUUGAGUAG